AUGGCAGGUCGUGGUGAGACAAGUGCAGAGCCAGCUAGCCUGGAGUAUAUGGAGGAUCCUUACUUUGUGCCACCGGAUGAUGAUUCUACUCCAAGCUUUGAUGUCGCCGUCGAUGAAUUAGAUAAUUUAGAAGAUAUUGUAAACUGGCCCCAAGAGGAUACGGAGACGGAAUGGCGCUCUUUACCGGAACUAACAGAAUCUGCUCUAUGCAUCGAAACUGAAUUUUAUAUGGACAAUCGUCGUCGACGACUUCGUAUAUUUAAAAAAAAGAUGCGUGAAGUUAGAGUCACAUUUCAAGAUUUAACUAAGCCGUAUCUUGCUAAAGUUUCGAGCCAUACAAAUUAUAAAAAAUUUCUAGGAAUUACACCUGGAGCCGAAGAAGCAAUGGCCGGCGCAGGCGCCGGAGACGCUCAUAUUGUGGACGAGCUUGCUGGUCUGACUCCGGAGCAAGCUGAACAGCUCAAAGCUGAGUGGAGUCGGGAACUUGCAAGGGUCGAAGAUGAAAUUGCUACGCUGCGCACCGUGUUGCAGAGCAAAAUUCGGCAGAGUUCUGAACUAAAACGCAAACUUGGUAUUACCGUGUGGAAAGAGAUUACCGAAGACGUUAAUCAAGGAUUGAAAAACGUAAAGGAAAGCCAAGUAUACCAAAAAACUGAAUCUGUGAUAAAAUCGACGGCGGAAAAGACGACCUCAAUCCUGGGAGGGCUAACAGCUGGCGUCACGCAAAAAAUUGGGCAAAUGAGGAACUCUGAUUCCUUCCGCUCGAUAGAGGAACGUGUUGGGUUCGCUUAUGAGAAUGUUAAGGGUAAAGUAUCGUCCAGGUCGAAUUCGACCCAGAGCUUCGACGAAGCGCUUCGUGACGCUAGCCGUAGCGCCAGUGGCGCCACAUCACCGACAAUCCCCGAAAACAAAGCUUUGCCUUAA